AUGCGUACGAGUCCACUUUGUGAUGACAAUGGAGUCCUUAUGGAUUAUUUGAAUGGAAUCUGCAGGCCCGUGUCAUGUGAUAAAAAUUCAAAUGAAGAAAAAAAAAAUAUCAGUGUUGAUUGUGAUACAACUGAAGACAAUGCAAGUAUUUUAUCAUCAUCAUCAUCAUCAAGUGAUUCUGAAAGACAAACAUUAUCACCAUGUUCAACAUCAAGCUCUGAAUACCCAAGACAAUCAAAAAAACAUAAAAAUAUUAACAAUUUAUUAAAUGAUAGUAACAAAAAGUUGCUGGAUCAAUCAGAACUAGUAUCAAAUCAAUCAAAUCAAUAUCAAUUUAAUGAUCAUAAAUCGGCUUUUACAUCAACCUACUCAUAUCCAAUGCAUCAUGAUUUUUUUUCAACAUGGUUGAGAUUAAAUGAAGUUCAUAUACCUGAACAAUGUUAUACAAAUGGAUUAAUAAAUUCAGUUACAAAUUUACCAUUUGAUGGAAGUGUACAACAUGCUGCUCAACGUAUACAUGAAGAAGAUAUUGCUGCAAAAAGAUUAAAAAAAUUAAGACCUAAAAAAUUUCAAUGUCAAUAUUGUGUUGCUGCAUUUAGCAAUAAUGGACAACUCAGGGGACAUGUUAGAAUUCAUACUGGUGAACGACCCUACAAAUGUGAUGCUGAAAAUUGUGGUAAAAGUUUUACAAGAAAUGAAGAGCUAACAAGACACAAGAGAAUACAUACUGGACUUAGACCACACUCUUGUGAUAUGUGCGGUAAAAAAUUUGGAAGAAAAGAUCAUUUAAAAAAACAUACAAGAACACAUGAAAAUAGAUCAUUUUAUCAUAUUCCAAUGAUUAAUCCAAUGAUCAUGGGACAUCAUCAAAUUGCAGCUCAACUGUAUCCAAUGCCACCACAUCCAAAUGCCUAUCAAAUAUGCUAA